AUGAUUCAUGUACCGAAAUUCAGCUCAAUGUUCGCUCUUUCCAUGCUUAACUUAGCUUCAGCUGCUCUUCUUCUACUGGUCAUUAUGAUACAGUGUGGAUCAAAAAAAAAAAAAGGUGCUACUGGCAAUGCCCAACAAACACUCUUGCUAUCUCCAAUGGAAGAACAAAAGACACAGUCAAUGAAUGAUAAAGCAAACGUAGGCGAGGCUGGCAAAGAGAAGGAAGAGCAGAAGAAGUCGACACAAGAAGGCUCGAAAAAGGAAAAGUCCAAAAAAGAAGAAUCCAAGAAAGAGGGCUCUUCAAAAGAUGGCUCCAAGAAAGAAAAAUCAAAAGAAAGCUCACGGCGAGUGAAGAAAGAGGCCGGAGAUAUCGCAACAACUCAACAAAGUGAGAAAAAAGAUGAGAUGAAAGUAAUGCCAACACAAAUGUUACCAGUACAUGAAGAAAAAGAGGCGGAGAAAAAAGAUAUUGUAAACAAGGAGAAAGAAGCAAAGAAAGACGAAAACAAAGCAGAAAAGAAAGAGAAUGAGAACGAAGAUAAAAAGCAGGACAAAAUGGAUAAAAAAGAAGGGAAUGCAGACAAAAAAGAAACCUCAUCUGUAUGA